AUGAGUGGGCUAGCUCACAUAUGUCAGCAGCUAGAAUACGACCGCCAUGAAGCCGCUGCCCUGGCUUGGGUGGAUGACAUGCCAAUAAUCAAACACUCAUUGGAGUUUAUUACCUCCAACUUUGUUGUGUUAUCGAAGUACGAAGCAUCUCUCUUGGAGCAAGUACCUAAUGGCCUCAGAGACCUAUCUGAGGAGGCCUUGGAUCAGAAGAUAGCAGUCUUGGAGGAAGAACUGCUGGGCUUUCAGCAGCCGCACGGUGAACUGAAGAGCUCCAUUCAAUCCGCUGCGCCAUAUCUGCAAGAGCUAGCUGAUGACCUCGGCCAAGCAGGGGUGCCCGAAAAGCUUCCAACUUUGGCUGCAGAGCUUGAGAAUUUACAGGUGACACUCAGGCAGAACGUUGUCUCAAUCUUAAACACGCCCAAGGAUCUACGAGCACAACUAGAUGCUCUCCAUCAGUUUUUUAGUGAAGAAGUUAAGGAGGAAUGCAAUCCGCAAGUUUUAGAAACAUUUCUAGAAAAAGAAGAUUGGUUUAUACAGAUUGUUUCCGCAACCACUAAAGAGAUUGAGGAGAACGUCACAUCAAUCCAAAGUAGUAUCGAGAAGUAUUCAGCGGAGUGCUCUGCUGCAAUAAAUUGCCACAGAGAGUCCGUAAGUAUGGUCCUGUACCAAAGACUAGCUUAUCUUCUGUGCACCUCACGUCUACAGAAGCUGACCGAAGUGUUGCCUCUUCACGCUGCUGGAAAAUACCUCCCACAAUUCUCUACAGCCUUGGAAGAGUUUGUUACUGUACACAAUGAGUACAAGGACUUGCUUGCCUCAUGCUCUAAGCUGGCAGCAACCGUCAUCUGUUGCCCAGAAGCCCUCUCUCAGCAGCUUAUAGCCGAAGCACUUCUUCAGAGAUGCAAUGACGCAAAGGGACAAGCCUUUGAUAUGCUACUGGAGACAAUGUCAGACGCAAUGUUGCGUGGACAACGGGGAGCGGCUCGGGCUUAUGACAAGAACAGGAUCAUCAGUGCUGUUAUGAAAGCGUCUAGCGAACUACUCGGCUCUCUGUCUAGCCUGCAGAAGAACCAUAUUUCGCCGAUGGUGGCGGCGAUGAAGCUCGUGGCGAAGGCCAGGGAGGAGUUUGUGCUUUCUCCUAUGUCUGCCUUAGGAUAUCAGGCCGUAGUUUCCGCUUUAUCCGGUUCUGCUGUUCGAGGUGCAGCACAAGUGGCCGAUACUUUAGUACUUGUGUCGCAAGUCGGUCAAUCAAAUCGGGAAAAUAAUACGGCCGAUCUAUCGGAUGUUCUUAGCCUGCAAGAUAAAUUCAUCUCUGCCAUAGAUAGUGGAGCUGAUGGAUAUGCCCAGUCAGCCGUUCUUACUCGCUUACAGCAAGCCAUUCAAAAGACGCAGCAAUCCCUUGAACACUACUCUAACGCUUUAGAGCCACAAUUGUAA